UAUCAGCGACUUCCCGCCCCCCAGGGGCAGGCCAGGGGCCGCUGCCAUGGCUGUAGGCAAUAUCAACGAGCUGCCGGAGAACAUUCUCCUGGAGCUGUUCACCCACGUCCCCGCCCGCCAGCUGCUGCUGCGCUGCCGACCCGUCUGCAGCCUCUGGCGAGACCUCAUUGACCUGGUGACCCUAUGGAAGCGCAAGUGCCUUCGAGAGGGCUUCAUCACCGAGGACUGGGACCAGCCCGUGGCUGACUGGAAGAUCUUCUACUUCCUGCGAAGCCUCCGAAGGAACCUCCUUCACAACCCGUGUGCGGAAGAGGGAUUUGAGUUCUGGAGCCUGGAUGUGAACGGAGGAGACGAAUGGAAGGUGGAAGAUCUCUCCAAAGACCAGCGGAAGGAAUUCCCCAAUGACCAGGUCAAGAAAUACUUCGUGACUUCCUAUUACACCUGCCUCAAGUCCCAGGUGGUGGACCUCAAGGCUGAAGGGUAUUGGGAGGAACUGAUGGACACCACCCGACCGGACAUCGAGGUCAAAGACUGGUUCGCAGCCAGGCCGGACUGCGGGUCCAAGUACCAACUGUGCGUUCAGCUCCUGUCGUCAGCGCACGCACCACUGGGGACCUUCCAGCCAGACCCGGUGACGAUCCAGCAGAAGAGCGACGCCAAGUGGAGGGAGGUUUCACACACAUUCUCCAACUAUCCUCCCGGCGUCCGCUACAUCUGGUUUCAGCACGGAGGCGUGGACACUCAUUACUGGGCCGGCUGGUACGGCCCAAGAGUCACCAACAGCAGCAUUGUCAUCGGGCCCCCGCUGCCCUGAUGUCCCCUGAGCCCCAAUCCUCUGAACCCUAAUUGGUAAACAGCUGUCAGAAAGGGCCAGGCUUGGGAAGGGGGAGGGUAGUAGCCAGGCACUCCCAGACCUGUCUUUGUCCCCUAGCUGCCUCUGUAAAGCUUCUAGGGUCUGGGCCACACUCCUCUCUCCAGAGCCCAGCUCUCCAGCAAGGUGGCCCCUCUAAGUGGUGCAGUACCUGAGGUUAGGUGGAUAUAAGAGUUUCCGUAGUUACAACAGAGAGAUCCCCAAGCUCGGAUGCUUGCCCAGAUCUGUCUGUAUCUUCGACCUUUUACUCCCUCAGGGUCCUUAGAGCAGGGACAGGUUUGAGGACUGCCUUUGAUGAUGCAGACUCUGGGGGACAGUCUGGGGUGGAAAUUUGCUCUGCUGGACAGACUUCAGCCUGGCUGUCAACUGUGGCUUUUGUCCUGGGUGUCCUCCUUGCUUUGGCUUGGAAGUCAGGACUGGUACCAGAUAGGCAGGUAGGGUCAGACUGUCCUUGUCGCCAGCAAAUCCCAGAAAGCCAGGUGGGCACCAAUGAGUCUGGGCCCCCGAGAGGACCCCA